AUGAUAGACAUUUGCGUGCCAGUUAUCGCUGCCCACUUUGGCAGCAUCAACACAGAGGUGACGUUUCAUUCUGCCACAGAAGUAGACAGUCUGUCGUCUUUGUUGAGCGAUGAUCGACUAGUUGGUGUGGCGGGAGCCGCGAAGUUGCGAACGAUUGCAAACUGGUUCGAAGCUGACAGCACUGCGAACAAGGCGAAUGUAGCGGCGUUCGUGGACGUCGAUGAUGAUAGUCGUGAUGCCACAUUCAAGGACCUCAUUGGGGCUGUUGAUCUUAGCGAGAUCACCUCAGACGAUUUCUUCGAGUUCUGCAUUUGGAUCUCAUUGCCAGAUAUGCCCACUCGACUUGAGAAUACUGGUGCGGUCAGUGUUCCUGUCGUGGUUGGUGGCUACAUCUAUAUUAGAGGCACCUUAGACACCGCAGAACUGCUCUCAUGCAGCACGGCGGACAACGGCGUCGAGAACUGA